GUGUGUGUGUGUGUGUGUGUGUGUGUGUGUGUGUGUGUGUGUGUGUGUGUGUGUGUCACGCCUCCCUCACCUUGACGACCGCAUACUCACUCAUCAGGCAUGAGGCAGUGGCCUCUUUUGGAAACACCCGGCAUCCUCGCCUAACCUGCCCGGUGGCUCUGGCCCCGCCCCCUCCUGCUCUCAGGUGAGUGGGACGUCAUGCCCUCACCUGGGACGCCAUCACUCCUCCUCUCUCUCUCUCUCUCCCUGGAGGACUCUCUCUCUAUGUCCUACUUCUGUGGCAAAAGCCAUUUUAAUAACUUUAACUUCGAAGUUCUGUAGCUACUCUUCCUUUCCCCCACCAACCCGCGGAUCCGAGUUUGACGACCCCUCUUGCUACGUAACCUCAGAGUCUCCCCCCUCCUUCACCCCCCCCCCCCAGGAGACAUGAGCGGCAAGCUCUGGACGGAGGAGCAGUUCAACUGCCCCGUGUGCCUGGACCUGCCCAGCGAGCCGGCCACCAUCCCGUGCGGCCACAGCUACUGCAUGGGCUGCAUCAGGGACUACUGGAGCGAGGCCGACGCCACGGGCACCUACAGCUGCCCGCAGUGCCGGCAGGCCUUCAGCCCCAAGCCCCACCUCUCGCGCAACACCAUGCUGGCCGAGGCCGUGGAGCAGCUGCGCACGGGCGCCGCGCUCGGACCGGAGCAGCGGGCGUCCAUCCGCAGCACGCGCGGCGCCGGCGCCGGCAAGGCCAAGCGGCGGCCGUCGUCGUCGUCGUCGUCGGCCGUGCCGUGCGACAUGUGCACCGGGCAGAAGCAGCGCGCGGCGGUGAAGAGCUGCCUGGUGUGCAUGAGCUCGUACUGCGAGAGCCACCUCAAGCACCACCAGGGCCAGAAGUCGAUGCGGCAGCACGAGCUGAUCGGACCCACGGGCCAGCUGGCCCAGAAGAUCUGCACGGAGCACAAGUACCUGCAGGAGUUCUACUGCCGGCCCUGCGGGCGCUUCGUGUGCUGGCUGUGCACCAGCAACCAGCACAAGGGCCACGAGUGUGUGUCGACCAAGGCUGAGCGCGUGGAGAAGCAGAAAGUUCUGACGGGGCUGCAGGCUGAGAACCACCAGAGACUUCAGGAGAGAGAGAGGGAGUUGAAGGAGAUGACCAGAAUGAUGGAGAUCAUGAAGCACUCGGCGGAGCGCGUGCGCACCGACGCGGAGCUGGUGCUCUCGGAGCUGCGCUGCUCGGUGGAGCGGCUGCAGACGCUGGUGGAGGCCAUGCUGGAGCGGGCAGAGCUGGACAAGAUGGCGGAGGCCCGCGAGGUGGCCGACAGCCUGGCGGCUGAGGUCAAGGAGCGCAAGAGGCGCGAGGAGGAGAUGAAGGAUCUGGUGCGCUGCGAGGACCACAUCCACUACCUCCAGACGUGUGAGGAGCUGGCCAGCCCUCUGGAGCUGGAGGAGCUGCCGGGCGUGCUGGUGAACCUGGAGGCCUCCUUCGACCCGGCGCGAGAGGCCAUCCUGGACCUCAGGGAGCACGUGGAGGACCUGUGCAACGCCGAGCUGGGGAAGAUAACCAAGAAAGUGAACGACACAAGCCUGUUCACGCUAGAGGGAAGCAACUCUAACCGCGGUGCAAAAGGAGGCUUUCUCAGAUUGUUCUCAGGUCUAGGCGCCCGCACUGCGGCCAGUCGUCCCACAGGUUUGGUCACUCUUCGUUUCUAUAAUCACGCCACUAACUGCUGCACUGUCCAUUCUUCCACAUGUUUUCCCGCCGCUCGUCCCUCAGCGACCUCCCCCAGCGUGUCAGUAGGGGCCCGGACGCCGGACAGGAGAGGAAUUGGAUUAGAUGUGAGGGGUAGGGACCCACCACGAGGAAGCUCCCCCAGACCCCAGGACGGACCGAGAAGAGAGAACCGGGGAUUAGAAGCAGCGAGGGAGAGCAACAGCAGGCGGCCCAGCCCCCGGUCGAGCCCGACUCUGAGCCGCCGUGAGUCCGAGUCCGAGUGGAACGGCCCCCGUCAGACCCAACCGUCGCCCCCGGCCCAACCGGACCCCCCACGCCCGACCGCCGCCGCCGCCGCCGCCGUCACGCCAGCUCCCGUCCCGGCACCCGUCCGGGCAGCCAGCCCGGCCCAGGCCUUCGCUGGAUCCUUCAGCCGGAUGUCCUCCAUCAGCAGCCUCUUCCGCUCCCAUCGCCGUGGCAACGCCCAGGCCACCCCUGUGCCGGACGCGACCCCUCCGGCCAGCAGUCGCAGCGGUCCGUCGUUCAGAGGCGGGAACCCAUGGGGAAUAGGCACUCUGUCUGAAACGCCGACAGAAGUUAACCCCGGCCUGUUCUUGGAUUCACCCUCCCCAGACUUCAUGCCGAACGACGGCCAAGUGUUCCCAGCAUUGAGGGAGAUCAACCUGGACAGCAUCCAGGCACCUGAACCCAGAGGCAGAGAGGAGUUCCUUCAGUACGCCGUCCAGCUGACCCUCGACCCCGACACGGCGCACCGGCGGCUGGCGCUCUCCGACGGCGACACCAAGGCCACCCUGCAGGCGGUCGCCGCGCCCGGCGCCGCCGACGCACCGCGGCGCUUCGACGGCUGGACCCAGGCGCUGAGCCGCGGCCCGCUGGGCGGCGCCGGGCGCAGCUACUGGGAGGUGGAGUGGCGGGGGCGGGGCUCCUCGGUGGGCGUGGCCUACGGCUCGCUGGCCCGCAAGGGCGGCGACGGCCAGGCCGGCCUGGGCUACAACGCGCGGUCCUGGAGCCUGGAGCUGUCGGACACGCGCUGCGUGGCCAUGCACGACAACGAGAGGCGGGACAUCGCCGUGGGCUACUCGCCGCGCGUGGGCGUGUUCCUGGACCCGGCGGCGGGCACGCUGGGCUUCUACAGCGUGGCCGACGGCAUGAGCCACCUGCACACCUUCCGCGCCAACUUCACCCGGCCGCUGUACGCCGCGGUCGGGGUGGGCGUGGGCGUGGGCGUGGGGAUGGACUUCGCCCUGGGACAGUUCAGCAGCAGCGCGGACAGCGUCAAGCUCUGUCCCAUGUGAGGACGCGAGGUGGGGGGGGGGGGGGAUGCACGCCGGGAGGCUCUGGACACGGGGGGGGCUCGCGGAAAAGAAGUGUGACGUUGGGGUGUGAGGGAUGAGUUAAGGCUCUGUUAUGGUUCCACGGCGACUCGACGCAACGACCACGCCGACGCUUUGACGCAGUCGUGAAGCGGUUUUGGUCCAGAGUCGGGUUUCAGUGAGGGGACCAAUCACAGCCCUUGCUGCUGCGACGCCUCAACGGAAGGUGACCAUUUUUUGGGGAGGCGCCCGUCAGGCCCUUGCGUCAGACCCAAGGAGGGUCCGCAAGGACGUAAUGGGUCCGUAAACCCACCUGCGUUGCGUCGACGUGGACCCGUAACUGAGCCUCUAAGCCCCGCCUCUUGGGCGAAAACUGUUUAUUUUCUGAUCAUCGUGCAACAAAUUUAAAGCAGGUAACUUUUUGUGCAACAAACAUUCCAAUAGCAUAUCUUUAAAACCUCUACUUCUUCUAAAACUAAUGACAAUUUGAUGUCGAUAGUCAGCUCUUCCACGAUUCUCACUUUCCUUUCUGAUUUUUUUUUUUUUGGUUUAACGUCACAUUCAUAUCUUCACAUGCGAGGAGCAACAACAUCAGAACAAACAAACGAGUCACUGCCAUUCAUUUCCAUGGAUUUAUUUUAUAAAAAAAGAGGCAACCGAACGACAGGACGUAGGCAGGGUGACGUCACCAGGCGGUUCAUACCACCACAACAAACAAACAAACCAACAAACAAA